AUGCACAUCCUCUCGGAGCCCGACGUGGCCAAGUUGUUCCGCACUCUAACACAAUCUCAAUGCCACGAGUUCAUCGCAGAACUGGGCAAGGCCCUCGUAGCCAUCUCCGCUGAAUCCAAACCAACAGUUCCAGCCGAAGACAAAUUGAUCCACCAACCCCUGCGAACAGUCUUCGCCACAAAAGCCGACAAUACAUGCAUCUUCAUGCCCGUCUCCAACACAGAGACAACAGGCAUCAAAUGCGUGACCGUCGCACCCGGCGGCAUCCAAGGCGUGAUUAACCUUUUCUCCCCAGACGGCCGUUUACAGGGCCUUCUCGCCGCGGCCGAGAUCACAGCCUUCCGCACCGCGCUCGCAUCAAUGACCCUCUUCGUGCGCAGCCACGACAUUAAAAAGGAAAACAUUCUCGUCUUUGGCUCCGGUCGACAGGCAGAAUGGCACGCUCGUCUCGCAUUACUCUUGUACCCGGAACAAAUCCGGCGGGUAGUCUUUGUGAAUCGGAGCCGGGCCCGACUAAAUGAAAUGGAGCGCGAUGUCUUUGGGGACCUGCGAGUGCGGAAUCCAGGCAUCAGCAUCUCCACUAUUUCAAAGGAGGACACGCCGCAUUAUGACGAGACCUUGUUGCGAGAAUUGCAGUUUUCCGAUGUCAUUUUCUCAUGCACGCCUUCUCUGCAGCCGAAUUUCUCGUUCUCGGCUCUGCGGUCUGUGCCGAAGCAGCGGUUUAUUUCUCUCAUUGGGUCUUAUAAGCCUCCCAUGCAUGAAAUUGAUACUGAAACCCUGCUUUCGGGGGGUGGGAGGAUCUAUGUUGAUUCUAAGUCGGCUUGUCUGGAGGAAUCGGGGGAGUUGAUUACGGCGGGGGUUCAGGGGGAUCAAUUGACGGAGAUGGGCGAUUUAUUGGCUUCUAUUGGGCCUGGCGAGGGGGUUGAGAUUCCGACUGGUGCUAAUGUGAUUUAUAAAUGUGUGGGGAUGGGGUUGAUGGACCUGGUGAUUGGAAAGAAGGUAUUAGAUGUUGGGGCUGAACUGGGGCUGGGGACUCAGGUUGAUGGAUUUUAG